AUUUAGGAGAUCACACUCUAUCUCUUGCCCUGCAUCGAACGUAGACUGUGCUACUUGAAAUCUACUAAAUAUAUUCUGGAUUAAAGGAAAGAAUCUGAAUUUUUCAUCAUGUGGCUCCCUGUGCUGGUGGUGUUGGUCCUCAUCCUCCUGUACAGAUGGUACAGACAGAGUCAGAUACUGGAGAAUCUCUCAGAUAAAUAUGUCUUCAUUACCGGAUGUGACUCUGGAUUUGGGAAUCUGUUGGCAAAGCAGCUGGACAGACGUGGAAUGAAGGUUCUGGCUGCCUGUCUGACAGAGAAAGGAGCUGAGAACCUGAAGAAGGAGACCUCCAGCAGGCUGCAGACUGUAAUACUGGAUGUUACUGACAGCAAAAGUGUGAGCUCUGCUGCCAAUUGGGUAUCAAUCACUGUUGGAAAUGCAGGGCUCUGGGGCGUGGUGAAUAAUGCUGGUUUUGGUUUUGCCUUUGGUCCUAAUGAGUGGCAAAAAGUGGAGGAUUUCUCCAAGGUUCUGAAUGUGAAUUUGCUCGGUACAAUCAACGUGACACUACACCUUCUGCAUCUUGUCCGAAAGGCCCGGGGGCGCAUUGUAAAUGUAUCCAGUUGUAUAGGACGAAUUUCUGUUAUUGGGGGAGGAUAUUGCCCAUCUAAAUAUGGUGUGCAGGCUUUCUCAGACAGCCUAAGAAGGGAAAUGCGUGACUUUGGGGUAAAAGUCUCCAUCAUAGAACCAGGCACAUUUCAAACUAUGAUGACAAACUCAAUGGACGGUCAUGAAAAAAACUUAAGGCGCCUGUGGGAAAAUCUCUCUACAGAAGUGAAGGACAGCUAUGGCCAGCGCUACUAUGAUCAAUAUAUAAAACUACUGCAAAGUUUAAUGGGAACAGCUAGCCCAAAAGUUCACAUGGUGUCAGACUGCAUGGAACAUGCUGUGACUGCUGUCUACCCCUGGACAAGAUACUCUCCUGGAUGGGACUGCAAGCUCUACUUCCUCCCUAUGUCUUACCUCCCUACUGUCAUAUCUGAUUAUAUGCUGUGUCGCUCAGCACCGAAACCAGCUUAAAUGUGAUUGUCAUCAGGGGAUGUAGUCAGAAUCCCGGCAGAGACUAUCCUGACGGUCACAAUACUGGUUGCGGAACUCUGAUAGUCAAAAUACAGAUGGUGGGUUUUAGGGUUAGGCACUACGGGAAGGGUUAGGCUGCAGGAGGGGAUGGUUAGGGUUAAGCUGUAAAGGAGACAGUUAGGGCUAGGCUGCCGAAAUGGUGGGUUAGGGUUAGAAUACUUACCAAAAUUUGUGGGAAUUUUCACCAUCAGGAUUCCGCAGCCAGUAUUCUGAGCAUCAGGAUGGUCAUCGCCGGGAUAUUGUACCCAACCUGACAAUAGAACACAGAACAACACUAUUUUAAAAUAGCAUUUAUGUCACCAUUUGAAAGAUCAACAAACCAAAAAAGACUUUAGUGUUUAAUGCUGAUUUUUAUUUUAUUCUGAAUACAUAUGAACUAUUCACUAAAAAUGAAGAAUGUAUUUUUAUGUUUAAGGCCAUUAAAACAUUCAGUUCUGUC